AUGGAAAGCUGUUUGAAAUUUCUACCAAAUAAAAGUUACAAUACGUUUGGUUUGGUCGUUCUUACUCUAUUUGUGUCAAUCGGCGUGGUUAUCAUUGGGAUCGCGUCUGAUUUUGAUUCGAAAGCGACGUUACAAUGUAACCCAGACAAGACCCUCGCGAGCGAUUUGUCAACAAGGAAAUACAUCGAAACUCAAUGUCUUCUCAAAUAUACACAGGAAUUUUACCUUUCUUUGCCUCUUUAUGCCUUAUUUGUGAUGAAUUUUGGACUUGUGCUCGUACUUAGUAUUAUCUACGCUUAUCUGGUGAAGCGUCGUGUGGAAAUCUUUGCGAGCCCUCCGAAUGAAACGGCAGCGAAUAACGCCGAAGACGAAAGCCAGCCACUGUCACAAGCAGCGUCGGAUCCGAUGGCGCACCAAAGUUCACGCAAUUAUUUUGUUUUCACGGUAUAUAUUUCGCAUUUGAUCAUUUGCCGUAUAUUGCCGCUCGUAGUAUUUGGAGCUUUGCUGUUAAACUCAAUGAAUUUUCCUGUCCACUUUCUUUGUCAAUGGCCAAUGAACUCUAAGAGUACUACUACACAUGUAAACGUAACACAAAAUACGAACUUUUCAAUUGUGGACUGCACUUACCCCAUGGGCAGCAAAAAUGAAAAAGUUGCGGCGACCGUCAUAACAAUAAAUUUCCUUUUCGGUACAGAAGCAUGCAUUGAGCUUGCUUAUCUGUUGUGGUCAACAUGGAAAAAUCGUACUCUAUUGGCUGACGUGGAGUUUUGUUGUGUUUACCUCUUGAGAAAGCGCAAAAGGAUCAGAAAAGUAAUUAAAAACAUAAGAGAGAAGGCAUUGGAUGACACAUUCUAUUUGCAUGAUGAUUUUGGUGAGAAACACUUGUCACGUCGAAAACUGGAAGAGAUUUAUAUCAAUGUCAUAAUUCAGACGGGAAGGGAAAGCACCUGGACGUCCAGAAGGCGGUUUAAAAAUAGGCAUGAAACAUACGAAGCACAUUUACAAGCACCGAAUCAUGCAAUCGCUCUCAGCGAAACAGCAGAUUUGUUUAAAUUAACGGCAGGUUUUGGCAAAAACGGUACCAAAACUAUUCUUGUUGUCGGCCGGCCUGGUAUUGGCAAAACUCUCCUGACGAAAAAAAUAUUGCAUGAGUGGCAACAGCAAUCGUGUGAUUUCUGGCAUGGUAAAAUAGUAAUUUUAAUACAAUUUCGUACUUUUAACCAUGGAAGAACAAGUCUUCGAGAAAUGUUAGAAUAUGCUGUUGGGCUGGAUAUGUCAAUGGCUGAUUUUAAUUGUACAUACGAGCACCUUUGUUUGACACCAAGUGAUUUUGUUCUUAUUUUUGACGGGUUGGACGAACUCAAGGUUGAUUACAACAAGCCUUUCGCCGAGAAGUCUGUAAAUAUUCCAAGUAAAGUUGAAGAUGUACUCCAGAUUUUUAAACAGCUUGUGAAAGGCAAACUGUUGCCAGGAGUCACAGUGUUAACCACAUCUCGUCCCACGGCAGAACACAUUUAUAAAGAACUAUCAUUUGAUCGAGAGGUUGAAAUUUUGGGUUUUCAUGAGGAGCAAAUAAAGGACUACGUUGAAAAGUUUUGCCGUAAUGAUAUAGAUAAAAGUACAAAGUUGUGGAACGAUAUCAAACAGUCCCCUGAGCUUUUUAGCUUAAGUUACAUACCUGUUAAUUGCUAUAUAAUUUGCUUAACAUUAAAGGAAAGUAUUGAUACUGCUGAAUCAAAAGAAGGCGUAGGUCAGGGCUUCCAGAGCGAUGUCCCAAUAUUAACAAUUACAGAGUUGUACAAAAGAGCUAUAAAGAUUUUACUGUUCAGGCACCAUGUAAAUUACAAAGAUAAACCAAUUCCAAAGGAUUAUCUUAUCACGAAGCUUCCUGAACAGUUUCAAAAUGACUUGAAUAAACUUAAAGAAAUUGCCAGAAAUGGAAUGAUAGAAGAUCAGUUGGUGUUUGAGUUUAAAAGUGGUGAUGAAUUAGCAGAUUGUGGCAUAAUUAAUCAAUUGGACGACAAACGCCGUAAUAUCUUCUCCUUUCUUCAUCUAACUCUUCAAGAGUUUCUUGCAGCACAACACGUGGUUGAUGACAUGGACAAUGUUGAAUCUUUUUUAGCUGAGCACAUUCAUAAUCCAAGAUGGCACUUGGUGAUUCAGUUUGUUGCUGGUUUGAUUGGGGAUAAAAUUAGAGAAUUGGAAGAAGAAAGAAGUUCAACAGAAAGGUAUCGUUUCAUUUUUGUCUCCGUCCGUUUAAUUGCUUGCUGUACAAUGCUGCAAAGUAUCAUCUCGCUUUCGGCACGAGUUGGUAAAUACGAUACCAAAUGCGGUCGCUCAUGUUGUAAUUGUACUGAUAAAAUUCAUGAAUAAUUAAUAACGCUACAAACAAAUCACGACGCGGUAUUUAGGUCACAUGCGAUCUUGUAAAUCGUCAUUUCUCCGCAUCUUAUAUAUUCCUUUGUCUUAUUAUUAUUAGACACUAUUUUAAGGUAUCAACACUUUACAAAGUUAUAUAGAACCGGGAUUGAGUUUGGGAGGAAAAAGCAAAAUAUGAAAAUAUUGUGUUAAUAUUUUACUCGUCUUAAAUUAAAAUACCAUUGGUCUUUUACCGGCUAUGCAAAUGAUUUUAUCGCUUCGCUGUAGUUGUUGUUGUUUGUUAUGACAACUACAACAUCAAGUUCAACCGAUCAAAAAAAUUGCGUACAUCCCGUCGUUCUCUGCGCUCCUGUAAACGCAAUGGAGAUACUUCAUGUAAACAUAUGUUUGUGCAUGAUGUUGUCUCUGACUGUGUACACACCUGGCAAGCUAAAAAGUUUCUUUGACCGCGGUGGGAAUCGAACCGCGACUUUUGGUUUGCUAUACCAACUGAGCUACGAGGUCAAGACGUCAAUUCGAGUAGGUGAUAUUUCGAAACUCAAUCUAAUUUUGUCGAUAUCAGUUUGUUUUUACGAUCUUGCCCGGUGUGGACACAAUCAAAGACAACAUCGCAAACAUAUAUCUUCACCUGAGUGCAUAACACCAGAAACAAAAAAAAUCAUAGAAACAUUUUAAAUAUAGGGCCGGGUCUGGGAACGAUGCAAAGUGUUCUGUAUUGGUUCGUACAGAAUUUUAUUUGCAUUAUCAUUUCAACAGAUUUACAAGGGUGCUCUACGUAGUGCGUAGUUUUGCCUUCUCGAUAGGACAAAAACAUUAAAGACUGAAUUAUUAAUUAAUUGAUGAAUUUUAUAAGUCAUAGCAUUACUCAAUAUCAACGUUGUUAGCGCGAGUCUUUUUUUAUGCUUCUGAACUUUUCGUUGUUAAUAUUAGAUCAACACAGCUUACGAAAGAUGAAAGAAUAAUAGAACGCAUAUGCACAAGGUACGUACGUUAUUGUUAUCAUAUUAACUGGUAUAUUAAGCAUGCGCGUUAUGCGCCAAAAAUUAAGCACAGUGAAUUUAAAUUUUAAACCCCCCAAAUGGCACUUUCGUUUCCACCCCCGGUUCCACAAAAAAUUGGAAACUGUUGCCUUCGCUGAAAAGACGUUUAAAAGAAGUUGAAAUAAUAUCGCCUUUCCAUUUGGUAAAACAUCAAUUCAGUUAUCUUAUAUAUCACUCACCUAGAUUUCAUGACAUGAUGCCAAGGGAGGCAAAGAUAAAAGAUCAUGACAACACUUUAUUUGUGAUAAAAUGUGUACACGAAAUGCAAGAUGUUGGUACUAUGGAAUUAAUUACGCCAUUUGGAUGUGAAGAUGAUAGCGAAAAGUAUAAUGAGUUUCAUUUGGAGCGCUUAACAAUUGUGCCAGUGGAAUCUAUUGCCCUGUUUGCAUUUCUUGGUUACAUAAAGCACUUGCACACUCUCAGCAUCACUAAUUGUAUGAUCAAGCAUUUCGCUUUUUUUGAAUUGACGAAGUUACUGCAGAAAGAAAAUGAAAUCGCCGAUUUAGACAAUGCGCUCUGGAAUGAAAAUUGCAAAGUUACUCGGUUACGCAUAAAUAGUAGUUCCUUAACUGCUGAUAAUGCUAAAUAUUUAAGUGAUGCUCUGACGAGUAACAACUGCAAACUUACUGCAUUAAACAUUAAUUUCAAUCAAGUAAGGGAUGAGGGAGCGAAAUAUUUAAGUGAUGCUCUGAAGAGUAGCAACUGCAAACUUACUGCAUUAGACAUACGUUUCAAUGGAUUAACAGAUGAAGGAGCGAAAUAUUUAAGUGAUGCUCUGAGGACUGACAACUGCAAACUUACUACAUUAGACAUUAGGGCGAACGAUUUAACAGAUGAAGGAGCGAACUAUUUAAGUGAUACUCUGAAGAGUGGCAACUGCAAACUUACUGCAUUAGACAUAAGUUUCAGUGGAUUAACAGAUGAAGGAGCGAAAUAUUUAAGUGAUGCUCUGAAGAGUGGCAACUGCAAACUUACUGCAUUAGACAUAAAUUGCAAUGGAUUAAAAGAUGAAGGAGCGAAAUAUUUAAGUGAUGCUCUGAGGAGUGACAACUGCAAACUUACUGAAUUAAAAAUUGGUGCGAAUACAUUAACAAAAAAAGGAGCGAAAUAUUUAAGUGAUGCUCUGAAGAGUGACAACUGCAAACUUACUGAAUUAGAUAUUGGUUGGAAUACAUUAACAAAAAAAGGAGCGAAAUAUUUAAGUGAUGCUCUGAAGAGUGACAACUGCAAACUUACUGCAUUAGACAUAAGUCACAAUGAAUUAACAAAUGAAGGAGCGAAAUAUUUAAGUGAUGUUCUGAAGAGUGACAACUGCAAACUUACUGCAUUAGACAUAAGUCACAAUGAAUUAACAAAUGAAGGAGCGAAAUAUUUAAGUGAUUUUCUGAAGAGUGACAACUGCAAAGUUACUGUAUUAGAUAUAAAUCACAAUGAAUUAACAGAUGAAGGUGCGAAAUGUUUAAGUGAUGCUCUGAAGAGUGACAACUGCAAACUUACUGCAUUAGACAUAAGUCACAAUGAAUUAACAAAUGAAGGAGCGAAAUAUUUAAGUGAUGUUUUGAAGAGUGACAACUGCAAACUCACCGCAUUAAACAUACGUGGCAAUAGAUUAACAGAUAAAGGAGCAAAUUGUUUAAGUGAUGCUCUGAAGAGUGACAACUGCAAACUUACUGUAUUAGACAUCAGUUGGAAUAAAUUAACAGAUGAAGGUGCGAAAUAUUUAAGUGAUGCUCUGAACAGUGACAACUGCAAACUUACUGAAUUAGACAUAAGUACCAAUGGAUUAACAGAUGAAGGAGCGAAAUAUUUAAGUGAUGCUUUGAAGAGUGACAACUGCAAAGUUAUCGGCAUUAAAUAUAUUUGACAAUGGAUUAACAGAUGAAUUAGAAGCGAAAUGUUUAAGUGAUGCUCUGAAGAGUGACAACUGAAAACUUACUGUAUUACACAUAAGUAAC